AUGGAUCAUGGCACGGAUUUAAACCGCACUGAGACCUGUUUCAGCCUGAUGGAGAACACCAGCACCAACUAUUCUGCAGGUUUUCUUCAGCUGGAGCAUGGCCACUGCCUCUUCACCUCCAUCCUCCCCUCAGAAACUGCAGUCCAUUUACUGGUGUUCGUCUUAGCCGUGCUGAUCAUCUUCUCCCUGCUGGUGAAUGGGUGCGCUCUGCUUGGUCUCGGCCACACUAAAGACCUGUCCUGGGAGCCGCGCUUCACCUUGCUCAAGAACCUCAUCCUGAGUGACCUUCUGCUCAUCCUGAGCCAGGGUCCCACCAUCAUCAGCUGCCUGCUGAUGAGGCGUACCAUAUUAUAUGAUGCCUGGUGCCUCAUCCAGUACUUUCUCAACACCACCUGCAUUAUGUGUGCCAUCAUCACCAUCACCUGCAUGGCGCUGGAGCGCUACCUGUACGUGUGCCAGGCCAUCUACUACCUCCACAUCCUCACCUCCAAACGUAUCCACCUCAUCAUCGCGUUUACCUGGCUGCUUUCAUUGACAAUAUCCAUUGUGAACUUGAUCCUCAUGAGUGCAGGGCACAAGGCUGCGUUGCUUGGCCAGUAUACCCCUGGGCUCCUGUGCGAGCCGGACACCCUAGAGGCACACCUGGGCUUUCCCCGUGCCGUGGCCGUUUUCCGCAAGAUAAGCGGCUUCAUACUGACCAUGAUCUGCAUCCUUUACUACUCCUUCGCCUACUUCCGCAUAUACCAGGAGGCUCGCAAUGCAGUGCAACCCUUCCAACAGGUGAACCGCAGGGCGCGCAACACAGUGCUCUUCUACUGCUCCAUGCUCCUGCUGCAACUGCUCCCCGUGUUCCUGAAGAUUGUGUCCGAUGCCCUAUGGGAGCUGGAGGGCACCACGGUCAUGACAUUCAUGCUGAGGGACUCUCCAGGAUGGACCCCAGCCAGGACUCUGCACAUCAUGCUGCUGGUUCUCAUGCAGGUGCCUCCAUGCAUCAACCCGGUUAUCUUCGGUCUCCGCAACCAGGAGGUGAGGCAGUCUCUACCCAGGUUGAUCUGGUGGAGGAAGAACAACCGGGAUGUGGAUGUAUUCAGCUGA